GUGUGUGUGUGUUCGUGCGGGUGUUACCGGGGUGUGCGGGAGCCCGAUCGCCGGUCAGGGAUGGAGCCGCUGCCAUGACAACCGCGGGCAGUCCGCCUGCGCGCCCGGGGAUGCUGCCGCCCGCCCGGGCCGGGAUGCUGUUGCCGCCGCCGCCGCGGCCCCGACACCCUUCCUCCUCCUCCUCCUCGCUGCUCAACUGAGUGAGGGGGACACCUCCGGAGACCCACUUCUGGGAGCCGAGGAGCAUCCCGUGCCCGGCCCGUGGGGGACAUCGCCGGCAGCUCCGCGGGGAAGUUUCGAUCUUGCGAAAGAACCGGCAUUUUGGGGAGCUUUCGGGUGUUUUGGGGGCCUUGUUUUCCUUUUCCCGUUAUCAUUUCAAAGAGCAGCAGCCGGCAAACAACCAAACUCCCCUGUUUUUGACUGGGUUUAUGGCCGCCCUCCCUUUUCGUGCCAGAGCCACGUUUCCUCUUUGGGUUAUAAACUUUUGAUGCCAGAUCUCCGCAGCGCGUACCCGUCUGAAUCUUAAAGUAGCGUCUGGAGCAGGCACACAUCUGUGACCUUCAUCUCUUGCACUGCAUCUUCUCUCCUCCUCUUCCUCCUCCUCCCCUCCGGCCCUCCCGUCCUCCUCCCUCACCCAAGGAUACUGGGGACUCCCUCCGGAUGCCGCUCGGCAGGCUCAGCGCUCGCAUCCUGCCUUGCCGGGGGCUCUCCUGAUCUCCGUGGAGCUCCUCAUCGCUCAGCCCCGGAGUGCCCGUGCGCAGCGGAGAUGCCACCUUCCCCAAAGCCAUGGACAACGUGACAGUGCGGCAAGGGGAGAGCGCCACGCUCAGAUGUACUGUUGAUGACCGGGUCACACGGGUAGCGUGGUUGAACCGCAGCACCAUCCUGUACGCCGGCAAUGACAAGUGGUCUAUAGACAACCGUGUGGUCAUCCUCUCCAACACCAAGACCCAGUACAGCAUCAAGAUACACAAUGUGGAUGUCUAUGAUGAAGGUCCCUACACCUGCUCCGUGCAGACAGACAAUCACCCCAAGACUUCACGCGUCCAUCUCAUUGUGCAAGUUCCCCCCCAGAUUGUGAACAUCUCAUCAGACAUCACUGUUAAUGAGGGCAGCAGCGUCACCCUCAUGUGCCUGGCUUUUGGGAGACCAGAGCCCACCGUCACGUGGAGACACCUCUCCGGGAAAGGGCAGGGCUUUGUCAGUGAGGAUGAGUACCUGGAGAUCACGGGCAUCACUAGGGAGCAGUCCGGGGAGUAUGAAUGCAGCGCCGUCAAUGACGUGGCUGUUCCUGAUGUGAGGAAAGUCAAAGUCACCGUCAACUACCCACCGUACAUCUCCAAUGCCAAGAACACGGGCGCCUCGGUGGGCCAGAAGGGCAUCCUGCAGUGCGAGGCCUCGGCUGUCCCCGUGGCAGAGUUUCAGUGGUUCAAGGAGGACACUAGGUUAGCCAAUGGACUGGAGGGUGUGCGGAUCGAGAGCAAGGGCCGCCUGUCUACGCUGACCUUCUUCAACGUCUCAGAGAAGGACUAUGGCAACUACACGUGUGUGGCCACAAACAAGCUGGGCAACACCAAUGCCAGCAUCAUCCUGUAUGGCCCCGGAGCAGUGCACGACGGCGGCAACGCGGCAUCCCGGGCAGGCGCCGGGCUCUGCCUUUGGGCCACUCUCCUCGCUCGUCUCCUCCUCGACUUUUGAUAAGGGAGCGGAGGGUCCCGGGAGGCCCCCGCUGCCCCCCACGGCACCCGGGGACUCCUCUCCAUGGGGCGGGCGAUGCGCCAGAGGAUGGGCGCUGAGCAGCCGGGGAUGGGCCUGUCUCGGUGCCCUUCUCACCGCCGGUUACGCUGUACAGACCCCACCACGUGCCACCAGACUGUCACCCACCGAUGUCACCCCAGGGACGUGGUCCGGCACGGAUGGGGCUCCCCACAGGCACGGAGCUGUCGCCAGGGAUAUCCAUCUCGUUGUUUCACUAAGCCACCUAUGCCCAAAAAGACCCCAAGGGCUGAAGCCCCAUGGCUCUGCCUUCAGCCCUCUCGGUCCUGAAUGUCACUUCUCGCUGCCAAAGCUCCUCCCUAAACACCCUCAGUGGCCCUUUCCAAGGGGCUCACCCCACACAAACAGGGUCAAACCCCUCACAUUGGUCCUUCUCCUAGUUACCCUCUUCCUUACCCAAAGCACCAUCACAUUCCUAAGGGCAGGAGCCUGGUCACCCAGGAAUGUGAGCCCUGAGGACUGCCACCAGCCCUCUUGGGGACCUCCUGCUCACCAGAUCGGGCAUCCAGGCUGCCACCCCUCUUUGCUCCAGACCCCUGUCCACUCCUCUGUUGCCCUCCCAGUGUCAGGGCCUGCCCCAUGGCUCUCACCCUGAUGUGCUGCCAGCACUUGGAAUCAUGGAAUCAACCAGGUUGGAAAAGACCUUUAAGAUCAUAAAGUCCAACCUUUGUCCCAGCACUGCCAAGGCCACCACUAACCCAUGGCAUUGAGGGCCUCAGCUGCAUGGUUUGGGAACACUUCCAGGGAUGGUGACUCCAGCAUGGCUCUGAGCAGCCUGUUCCAAUGUCUGAGCACCCUUUGGGGAAGGAAUUGUUCCUCAUCUCCAUCUAAACCUCUUGAGGCUGUUUCCUCUUGUCUUAUCCCUUGUUCCCUUGGAGAAGAGACAAAUCCCCACUUCACUCAAACCUCUUUUCAAGUAGUUGGGGAGGUUCCUCCAGGCUUGUUUUCCCAAGCACUUUCCAACCUGCACAUCAAAAGCACAACACCACCACAUUGGGCAGAGGCACUAAAUGACACAGCAAAACACCAGGUCCUGACACUGGCACCCAGAGGGGAUGGGACCACUCCUCACCUCCCUUUUCUCCCAUGGUGGCCUCUCCUACCAUCUGGCCAAGUAUCUCUGCUCUUUGAGGGAUGGAACACACGUGGGA